AUGCAAAACCACCGAGAAAGAAGACAACGACAAUCCUCCUUCUCCCACCACCGCUGGUCCCAACUCUCUCCCCCACACCCAUCUCCAAUCACAGCAACAGCAGGCCCAUCAAACACUCGUCACCAACCGCCAGCACUCGAUGAAUCCAUACGGGCAUAUCGCACCAUGGCCCUUCGCCAAAUUAACAGCUAUCAACCAAAACCCUGGUCGCGAACCCGUCGACAAACCAUCAGCACUACACGGAAUAACCCAUCUGGCACCCCCCAGUCCCAAAGACCAGUAUCCCAACCUGUCCUCGUCCGGACAUACUCCGGUAACACGGGAGAAAACAUCAUCAAUCACCACCACCAUCACAACAACAAGAAACCCCCAGAGCUAGCAAAGAACCCCAGCACCCCAUCCCCACGACGGCUAUCCUUCCCAUUCCUAAACAUCCCCUCCUCUCCCCCUCAGAACAAAACCACCGGCCCGAAACUCCCCCCACCAGAAGCAUUCAGCAUCGAAUCCAUCCUCACUGCAAUAGAUCCCUCCAUCCAGGGAACCCUAACCUCCAUCGCCGAAAUCUACGGCCGCAGCAAACUAAGCCUCGCGAACGAAUACGGGAGCCACAUUGCCCCGCUAGGCGAGAUCCGCGCCCCGCCGGGCUACCUCUUAACAGUCGACGAGGCAAGUUCUGAGCAAGAGCGGCAGCAGGAUAAAACUGACAAUGGCGGCGUGGACUCGUGUUAUAUGAGUUUUGCGCCGUUUUCGGUGGCCGGGGAUAGAUCUUCUGUGCAGGCGCAGCCGGAUACGCCACGGUCGACGACGGAGACGAAUUUGGGGUUUGAAUUGGAUACUGGGUUUGGGGAGCCUGCUACGAGGGAAUUUGCGGAGGGUGAUGGGGUUUGUGGGAGGGGUUUGUUGGGGGAGGAUGGUAAGCAGCGGGUUGUUACGCCGGCUGUUGUGUCGGAGGUUCAUCUUGAUGCGCAGGCGGAUCAGGUGUUGGAGUCGGGGGCUGGGGAUGAUGGUUCUGGGUCAUUAUCGUUGUUGGGAGGGCUGCAGUCCUUUUUCAACCGGGUUACACAGUAUGGCCAGGCGAGAACGUGUCGACAGUCUGCAGAAGUGCAGCUGCGCGCGAUGCUUCAUCGUGAUCUGCCUGCGGAGUAG